AAGCAACAAAACCGGUGGGGGAUUUGAAGCUCUUCAAACAAGAAGGGAAAGGGGUUAUUAAAGAAAUUAAAAAUCGAGCUGAAAGAAAAUUCCCAGAUAGCUCUAUUUGAUUUGCAAUCUCGCUCAUUCUUCUUUUCCGCAUACAGAUAUUUUUAUUGAUGGCUAGAAAAUGAAGUUAUCUGGAACCUACUGAGAGUUGAGUAGAAUGCUUGAUAGAGACAAUAUAACAAGUCAGAGAUGUUUUCAUUGUUUUAUGGACUUUGGAAGUACAUGUUCAGCAAAACAGAGUUUCAUGUUCUUAUUCUUGGAAUUGACAAGGCUGGGAAAACGACACUACUGGAGAAACUGAAGUCCCAAUAUUCAAAUUUGGAAGGCCUUCCUCCUGAUCGUAUUGUUCCAACGGUGGGACUUAAUAUUGGUCGAGUUGAAGUUUCAAACACAAAACUUGUCUUUUGGGACCUGGGAGGACAGCCUGGUCUUCGAUCAAUUUGGGAGAAAUAUUAUGAGGAGGCACAUGCAGUAGUAUACGUUGUUGAUGCUGCCUGUCCUUCACGGUUUGAAGAUUCUAAGUCAGCACUUGAAAAGGUUCUUAGGCAUGAAGAUUUGCAAGGAGCCCCACUUCUCAUAUUAGCAAACAAGCAGGAUCUUGCGCAGGCAGUAACAGCUGAAGAAGUUGCGCGGUAUCUAGAUCUCAAGAAAUUGGAUGAACGAGUUUAUACUUUUCAAGCUGUUUCUGCAUAUGAUGGGACAGGGAUUAAAGAAAGCGUAGACUGGCUAGUAGAUGUCAUGGAGAGAAGUAAGAGAACUGAAAUGUUAAGAGCUCGUGCUAGCGUAGGAAUUUCUGGCCCUGCAUAGAGAUUAAUUCUACCAUUACAAUUUAUUUUAGCAAUGUUUUGUAACUUAAGUAAAUAGGGAUUCAGCUCGGAUCCUUCAGGGAUUCGAGCUGGUCCUCACCAAUUGAUACAUCUCCAUUGCAAGCUGCAAAUUCUUCUUGAUGGAAGUUCCCAUUCGCCUGGAAUUUUGCUUCUUAUUGUUCGUAAGAAUGGCAUACAUGAUUGUUGUGAAAUUAGCUGUAAAACAACCCUACUUUUCUAUACAGAAUUGCUUCAUCUGGGCUUUUACGGUUUUUU